UUUUCUGUUACAACAAUGCAAGGUCAUAAAACAAUCUCUUCUUCCCCCGUUUCCAGACAAUUGCAACACGACUUUCCCAGGGCCCUGAUUUUCAGCACGGAUGACUUUUUCUUCAGGGAAGAUGGUACCUAUGAGUUCAAUCCAGACUUCCUAGAGGAGGCUCAUGAAUGGAACCAGAAAAGAGCAAGAAAAGCAAUGAGGAAUGGCAUAUCCCCCAUUAUUAUUGAUAAUACCAACCUCCACGCCUGGGAAAUGAAGCCCUAUGCAGUCAUGGCACUUGAAAAUAACUAUGAAGUUAUAUUCCGAGAACCCGAGACUCGCUGGAAAUUCAACGUGCAAGAGUUAGCCAGAAAAAACAUUCAUGGAGUCCCAAGAGAAAAAAUACACCGAAUGAAAGAACGGUAUGAGCACGGUGUUACCUUUCAUAGUGUGCUUCGCGCAGAAAAACCAAGCAGAGCGAACAGAAGCCAGGACAGGAGCGGUGCAUCGCCUUCCAAUGGGGCAGGAUACUGGAAUACCUACGCAGAGUUUCCAAACCGGAGGGCUCCUGGGGGCUUUACACAUGAGAGCCCCUUUAACAGAAGAGGCGGUUAUCACCAUGGAUAUUAGAGGCUGAUCUUACAGGCAGAGUUUUCCUAAAUCAGUUUUUACUUCGAUUUUUGGUAUUUAUUCUUUGUUCAGUUUUAACCAGAGCUCUAAUUCCAGUGUAAAUAGUCGAACCUGAACGUUUUUGAGCAGACGUCAUCAUAUUCAUCCUCAACAGGCAUUUGUUAGUGAUGCUCUAUGCAUGGCCUGAUGCUGGGAGUUCUGCAGGUUUGGUUAGACCGAGUCACUCUUUCUAGGAAAACAAUUAAUUUGAAGAUGAAACCUGAGAAACAUACCCAAGAAUGUAAUCAAUUAGUCACAUAGGUUCAUAAAUAAAGUGUUUACAGUAUAUA